GUCCGUCUCACCCAUGAAAUUAAACACAAGAAUAUUGUAACUUUUCAUGAAUGGUAUGAAACCAGCAAUCACCUCUGGCUAGUGGUGGAACUCUGCACAGGUGGUUCCUUAAAAACAGUUAUUGCUCAAGAUGAAAACCUCCCAGAAGACGUUGUGAGAGAAUUUGGGAUUGACCUGAUUACUGGAUUAUAUCAUCUUCAUAAACUUGGCAUUCUCUUUUGUGACAUUUCUCCUGGGAAGAUACUCUUGGAAGGGCCUGGCACACUAAAGUUUAGCAACUUUUGCUUGGCAAAAGUGGAAGGUGAAAAUUUGGAAGAGUUCUUUGCUUUGGUGGCAGCAGAGGAAGGAGGAGGUGACAGUGGGGAAAAUGUCCUGAAGAAAAGCAUGAAAAGUAGAGUCAAAGGAUCUCCUAUAUAUACAGCACCAGAAGUUGUGAGGGGUGCUGACUUUUCCAUCUCCAGUGACCUCUGGUCUUUGGGCUGUCUGCUUUAUGAAAUGUUUUCAGGAAAACCUCCAUUCUUCUCAGAAAGUAUUUCGGAAUUAACAGAAAAGAUCUUAUGUGAAGAUCCUUUGCCACCUAUUCCGAAAGAUUCUUCUCGUCCUAAAGCUUCUUCAGAUUUUAUUAAUUUGCUUGAUGGGUUACUUCAAAGAGAUCCUCAAAAAAGAUUAACUUGGACAAGGCUACUGCAGCAUUCAUUUUGGAAGAAAGCUUUCGCUGGAGCAGAUCAGGAAUCAAGCAUGGAAGAUCUCAGUCUCAG